AUGGGCAAACCGGAGGCGAAGGGAGCGACCCUUUGGAUCGACCAUUUAUCCCUGCAGGGUCGGCUCGGAAUCCCGGCAACUGUCGCAGCCAGCCGGCCAGCCGGUCCAACCCCUAUCACAGACGCUUUGGGGGACCGGGACGUCGUCGUGCCGUCCGAGGAGCUGAUAGUAGCUGCGGCCGGAUUCGGCAUCUGGCAGAUAAUGAUAAUCGCGAUUUUGGGUGUAAUGAUCAUGACUCAUAUGCUGAACGGGAGUUUGGAACCGGUGCAGAACUUCGCUGGAUGGUGGUGCGAAAAGCCCCCGAUUCUUAGGAGCUGGACAAAUCAGGAAUGGAUUGCGUUCAGUCACGCAGACGCGCCCAAACCAGAAGUCGAGGGCGCAGGAAUUGCCGGGACAAGAAGAGCUAUAAGCCUCACUCCUGAACUAUGGAAUGGACGAUUCAGGGGCUGCAACAUCUUCAGAUAUAACUUCGCCGCUUUAAGGAAUAUUCCAUUCGAACGGAGUCCAAUGAUGAAUCGACGUUACGAAGCUGGUACAGUAAAGUGCAAGAGGUUUCAAUACAGUAGAAAAUUCGGACAGACUAUCGCCGAGAAGUAUCGCAUGGCGUGCAAUCCGGAGUACGAGAGAGCGAUGUGGGAAGGACUGAUGAUAUUCGGUAAGAUCACGGGCUACCUGACCUUCGGAUGUUUGAGCGACCGUACGGGCCGUCGUCCCGUUCUCCUAAUCGCGAGCGGAGUGACUCCGUUAACAGCAAUCGGUCUCGUCUUCUCUCCAAAUUACAUUACGUACGUGGCAGUCCGGACUUGUCACAGUUUUUUCCACGGUGGCUUCAUCGUCAACUUCGUUAUGGUAGCUGAGCUGAGCAGCAACGUCGCACGGAAUCGGAUCAUGGCGUUCGCGUGUCUCGCCUACGGCCUUGGCGUUGGAAUGACGCCGACGCUCUUGUCAGCGAUGGGCUCGAUGGACCAUUUGUUACUAGCGAUCAACCUUCCAGCCGUUGCAUUCUUCUUGGCCCUGGUGUUCUUCGUUCCGGAGUCACCUUGCUGGCUCUUUUGCACCCGGAGGUCGGUGCAACUUGCUAAGGUGAUCCAAAAAGCCGGCAAGACGAACGGCACCCCGAUUCCCGCAGACUUCCACGUGGUCUACGUCGAAUACAACGACGUGGAGAAGCAGCUGCCCAGAAAACCACCGAGUUUCUGGAGUCUUCUGAAAGCCUCCGGGGUAACCUGUGAGAUGAUCGGUAUCGGGUUCCUCGUCUGUCUGUCCGGCGUGAUCAACGGAGGCGCUCAGGCGAAGCUGAUAUACAACCAAAAACGGGUUCAGACUUGGUACGCCAUCAUCGGGGACGUAGAAAUGGCUGGGAUCAUCGCCAGCCAGUUUUGCCUCUUGAUGAUGGGCCACAAGAGACUCCUCCACCUCACCAUCUUCCUCUUCCUCCUCACCACCUUUGCCCUGAUGUCCAAUCUCCGCGAUGACUACUUCACCACGACAGGACCCGCCACUACUCUUCUUGCGGCCAACGUCUUUGCCGUCGGACUCAGCUACGGCACCUUGCUCAACUACGGUGCGAGGACCGUGCCUACUCUACUUCGUGGCACUUAUACCGGGAUAUGGAACGCCCUUUGGGUUGCUAUCACUUGGGCAGGAACUCGUCACUACUAUGAUUACCCCGGGUUCAGCAGCGUCGCCGGCCUUUCUAUCCUCCUUGCCGCCCUAUUCACUUUCAACAUGCACCAUUUACUCUGGCGUGAGAUGCCUGACACGAUCUUCGAUGCCGUCAACUUCAAGGAGUUAGUUACACUAAGCUUCGUACCGUGA